UUUUAGUACACCGCGCGAACAGCAGGUUACCGUGCCGGCGACAUGUGCGCGUCUCGACGAUCGUCUGCCCGAUCGUGAAAAAAUCGCCCGACGACGUGUUCCGGAUUUCCUGCGAUUUUCCCAGCCCGUGUUCCGGCCGUGCCGUGCCGUGAUCUUCAAUCGCACCAGCUCUUCUCGGACAUUCUGUCGCAAUGAGUACAGAUAAACCGCGAAGCCUGUCCGGUAGCAGGAAGGGCAAAUUGAGGUAUACGCUCAGAGGAGGAUUCGACUUCGAUACCAUGGGCCAUGCAAGAUAUCACGAACUGCGUAAAUUUGUUAAAAAGGGCAAUGACUUUUGCAAGGAACUUGGAAACAUUAUGCAAGAAAGAGUGGAACUCGAGUUGCAUUAUGCAAAAACAAUGUCUAAGCUUUCCGCAAAACUUAUGAAAGCUGCACAAAAAGGCAUCGGUUCCAUACAAAAAGCUUGGUUGGUGAUUGGUAAAGAGAUGGAAACCGAUGGUCAAGCACACCGUUGUAUUGCUAAUUCAUUAGAGGACGACAUUGUUAAACCACUUAAGAAUUUGCAAGAAACACACUGCAGAAUAAAAAAAACCGUUGAAUGUAAUGUUAGCAAAACCAAAAAAUGUAUGAACAAAUGGAGAACCGAUGAGCGAAGAAGUAAAAAAGAAAGUUUUACGGUGGCUAGAGAAAAUGAAAAAGUUCAAGACAUGACAAGUGAUGCUUCUUAUUCGAUCCUCACAAGUAAUGCGAAUUUGGCCAAAGACGCUACUAAAUUGGAAAACAAAAAAAGAAAAUUAGAAGAGUCUGUAAAAAAGAGCUACACCGAAUAUUAUACGUAUUGUGUUCGAACAGCUAGAGCCAAGCUCGAAUGGGAAAUGUCUGUAAACGACGCCGAAAAAAAUUUCAUGGCAUUAGAGGAAGAACGUUUGCAGAGGUUAAAAGAAUACGCUCACCACGUGUCGCAGACGUACCAACAGUUUGUUCCGAAAAUUUCGCAGCUAUCGUCUCGACUCACCGAACCGACGUACGAAUGCAACGUGUCGCAAGAUUUUACUAUCAUCACAGACACGGUGAACAGAUACGACGAAGAUCUGAGUGUCCAAGUGUUGCCCGACUUCUAUCCGGAACACACGAAUCUGGCCAUGAACAAAAAAAGAAGAAUAACCGCGUUGACGAAAAUACUGCAGCUGGUCAGACAGGAUCUGGACCGAGAGCGGCGCAGUAAAAAAGGCUUGGACACGCUGGCCAACGCGAUGCACCAUCACGCUUCCGGUUUGAAACACGACGACUCGCACAAAAAUGUUUAUGAAAAACUUCACCACACGAACUUAAUGAUAUUGUACUUAGAAGCGGUCAAUUAUAAAGUAGUUACGGCUCUGGCGACUCUAGAAGGUCACCCGCCGGCCGCCGCUUCCAACGCUUUUUCACAGCACAUCGAGACGACCAGAGAUAAAAACGGAUAUCAGAUGUCGGUGCUCAAAAUGCCCGCGUCGGUGUGCCAGAAGUUCACGUCGACAGCGCCCAUCGACGUCCUGAACGAGUCCAUGUGGUCGGACCGGGGAUCCGCGGACGGCACAGAUAUCGAUGAUUUCUCUAGCGACGAAGACGAAGACGAUGACGACGAAAACAUAAAAAGUCCUCGUUGUAAGGCUCUCUACCAGUAUUCAGCGAAAUUGAACGACGAAUUAAGUUUAGAACCGGGCGACGUUAUACACAUCCACAGCAAAAAGUCCGAUGGCUGGUGGUUAGGAGACCUAAAGGGCGCCAUCGGAGUAUUCCCAGCUACAUACGUUGUAGAAAUUGACUGAAAUGUGUUAAAAAUAUUUAUUUUGUAAAUAAUUUUUAGUUUACCAAAGAUUAUUAGAACCUAACAAAUCACACAGAAUUUAUAACAUACCUUUAUGUACAAUGUUUGUUAACGUUUAGUAUUAAGUUUAAGUAUUAAAAGUAUAAUAUUAAUAGGUAUUGAUUACAAAAAUAAAAAAUUUUCUUAAUUUUGUAA